UUGUGCAAAUUUGAGGCCUGAGCAAAACAGCAAGAUAUGUUUGUUUUACUUGUGCUGUAGCAACAAUAUCAGAAUCACUGCUUGGAUAAACAGCAUCCCGUUGGAUUGGAAAUACUACCGAUGUCGGUCGAGUUAGAGAUCUCUUCCUCCCCUUUUCUUUAAAUGUCCUCGUGUGCACCCAUGUAAGUGUGUGGGUGCUGAAUUCACGAGGACCCCCUUUUUCCUACCCCGCCUGGUGGUGGAUUCAACGACGGAUUCAAUCCCUGGAUGAAGCACUUUUGUAUGCCUGACCUUAUUUCCCAGGCUUAAAGGCUACUGUCUGAAUUUACAAUUUCCAUUCCCGAAAUUUGUGCAAUUCAUCGUCGUGUUCGCGUUCGAGUUGUUGGUAUCCCGCACACCCGCCGUUUUGAUGACUUCCAACUUUUUCAAGUUUAAUCCAGCUAACGCCAAGCGAAUUGACAUGAGGAUGGACGCCAAUACGGAAUACAGGAAAACCGCGGGACUGGCUCCCCAGGAAUGCGGAGGCUGCGGCAAAUUCAUCACCGAUAGGUAUUUGCUACAAGCCCUGGAUCUUUAUUGGCAUGAAGAUUGCCUCAAGUGUGGCUGCUGUGAUUGCCGACUAAGUGAAAACGGAUCGACACUCUACACCAGAGCCAAUUUGGUACUCUGCCGGAGAGAUUACUUAAGGUUAUUUGGAACCACCGGGUACUGCGCAGCGUGCGGGAAAGUCAUUCCGGCUUUUGAGAUGGUCAUGAAGGCCAAGGGCAACGUCUAUCACCUCGAAUGUUUUGCCUGCCAAAACUGCAACCACCGAUUCUGCGUUGGCGACAAAUUUUACCUCUGCGACAACAAGAUUUUGUGCGAAUACGAUUACGAAGAGCGCCUACUCAUGGCAAGUCUCGAAUUCCCCAAUAAACGGGCGUCUUUACAACAGCAGCAAGGCUCCAAUAACCAAUCACCGCUACUAUCCCCCAUUCUGUCUGCAGAGAGCUUCUCUAAAUGAGUCUUAUACAUGUGUUGGGAUUUUAUUUUAAACUAUUUGAAUACUGAGGGCCUGUACAAAUCAACAAUGCCUAUGGAUAAAUACCAAACUAGAUCGCGUCAAUA